GCUCUGGCUUUAAAAACUAACUCAAUUCACACGGCCGACACAUUAUCACUCCAAUUCAGUUUUUAAAAGUUUAAUAUUAGUUUUUUUGGGUCUAAAAUUUAAUAUAUUUUUUGGGUCUAUAGUAUUAUGACUAUGAUUAGUUAUUUUUCUCAAAUCACUAUCUCCUAAUGAAAAUCAUAUACAGUGAACACAUGUGUUUCACGAACACAUAAAGCCUCACUGUUUCUUUUUCUCUUCCUUUAAGGAACAUUAUUACCAUCUCUCUGUUUCUUUUCUAUCUGUUUAACUUUCACAGGAGAGAAACAAAAACAAAAUGAAGGAAUCAUUCAGAGUGUGUUUCUGUUGUGUAAGAAGCUUCAAAGUGAAAACAAGUGAGCCACCUCAAGAAAUCAAGAAACUCUUCGAUGAUUACUCCGGAGACGGCAGGAUGUCUGCAGAUGAGAUGCUCAGGUUCGUGAUCGAAGUUCAAGGAGAAAAACACGCAGAUACGAACUACGUGAAGGAUAUAUUCCACAGGCUCAAACAUCACGGCGUUUUUCACCCUCGUGGGAUUCAUCUUGAAGGGUUCUACCGUUAUCUCCUCAGCGAUUUCAACUCUCCUUUGCAUCUUUCCGGCGAGGGUUUUCAGGUUUCGCAAGAUAUGAGUCAGCCUUUAUCGCAUUACUUCUUGUACACGGGACAUAACUCUUACUUGACCGGGAAUCAACUCAACAGUAGAAGCAGCACCGAGCCUAUUGUGAAAGCUCUUAGAAGUGGUGUUCGUGUCAUCGAGCUUGAUCUAUGGCCUAACUCUUCGGGAACCGAAGCUGAAGUUCGUCAUGGCGGGACGUUAACAAGUACUGAAGAUCUCCAGAAAUGUCUUAACGCGGUAAAGGAGAACGCGUUUGUGGUGUCUGAGUAUCCUGUUGUGCUUACUUUAGAAGAUCAUCUGCCUCCAGAUCUUCAGAAGAAAGUCGCUAAGAUGGUGAGCAAGACUUUUGGAGAAACAUUGUUUCGAUGUACCACCGAUGAACAUACAGAGUGUUUUCCUUCACCAGAAGCACUCAAGAACAAGAUCUUGAUCUCAACAAAGCCACCAAAAGAGUAUCUUCAGACACAGGUCUCUCUAGGCUCAACAACAGAUGAAUCCGUAAAAGCUAAAAAAGUGAAAGAAGCAGAAGAACUGAUUCUAGAUGAAGAUGAGGAGACUGUUGCCAUCGAAUACAGAGACCUGAUCUCGAUCCACGCUGGCAACCGCAAAGGAGGAAUGAAGAACUGCUUGAAUGGGGAUCCUAACCGAGUCAUACGGUUAAGCAUGAGCGAGCAGUGGCUAGAAACUCUGGCUAAGACCCGUGGACCAGACUUAGUAAAGUUCACGCAGAGGAAUAUUCUGAGGAUAUUCCCCAAGACUACACGUAUUGACUCAUCAAACUAUGAUCCUCUCGUUGGAUGGAUUCAUGGUGCUCAAAUGGUUGCCUUCAAUAUGCAAAGUCAUGGGAGGUUCUUGUGGAUGAUGCAAGGAAUGUUUAAAGCCAAUGGUGGAUGUGGUUAUGUGAAAAAGCCUGAUGUUUUGCUCUCCAAUGGUCCUGGAGGUGAAACUUUUGACCCUUCCAGUAAAAAUCUUCAGAUCAAGACAGUUCUCAAGAUAAAGAUCUACAACGGAGAAGGAUGGAAUAUGGAUUUUUCUCAAGAUCAUUUUGAUCGAUACUCUCCUCCCGAUUUCUACGCAAGGGUCGGAAUCGCAGGAAUACCUUUAGACACAACAAGUCACAAAACAGAAACGGAUACAGACGAGUGGUUUCCGGUUUGGGAUAAAGAGUUCGAGUUCCCAUUGCGUGUUCCCGAGUUAGCGCUUCUGUACAUCAUAGUGAAAGACUAUGAUAGUAACACUCAAAACGAUUUCGCCGGCCAGAUAUGUCUUCCGUUGUCGGAGAUCAGACCCGGGAUUCGUGCCGUACGGCUCCACGAUCGUGCCGGAGAGGUGUACAAGCACGCAAGACUGCUCGUGCGGUUUGUCUUGGAGCCUCGUUAGUCGUUUCGCUGUACGUAUGUCAAUUGAAUAAAGUGUCGGUAAGUUUAAGCCACGUGCUAAUAAAAAAAUAUAGGAAAUAACUGAUUAAGAUCAGCAAUACUAUAUAUAUAGUUUGUGAAU